AUGAUCAAAAAGAAAGAGUUUUACACCCAAUUUGGAAUCAUCUGUGGAAUUUUGCUCGUUUUCGCCGCGCUUCUUCGUUCGUCUAAUGUCUAUCAUGUUUUAAAUGAGAUACACAUUGAGACAUACAACUAUCCAGAAAACGCAGAUUUUCAUGUGGUUACAACGGAUAGCGUGAUAUCAUCCAUUUCUAAGGAGCGUAUUAGAAAGAGAUUGGAAGGUUUAAGCAGAAUAUUUCACGAUGGAAGAUUCUAUAACAGUGAAAAGGGAUAUAAAAGUUCGCUCUAUCUUUAUGAAAAACUACAGAAAGUCGCGUUAGCUGACUAUGAACGUCUGUCGGUUGAAUUGUUCAAUCACAGCAGUUGGAAGCAGCCAAGUGUAAUAUUCAGAAUACAGGGGAAGUCGGAUAAUUUGGUUAUUGUGGGGUGUCAUGUGGAUUCCAUUAAUCUCAACCCAUUGAAAGAAGCCCCCGGAGUAGAUGAUAAUCUCUCUGGAGUGGAUAUUUUGCUUGAGACGAUCGACGUUUUGAUCGAAAGCAAUGUUAAUUUCUCAGAUUGGCAAAAUACCGUCGAGUUUCAUUUCUAUGCAGCCGAAGAAAUGUCGUCGUUGGGGUCACGUGACGUUUUCGGGGCUUACAAGAAGCAUGGUAAGCGAGUUGUUGCAAUGCUUCAGCAAGACAUGACAGGAUUUACAAAGAAAACUUUUGAAAAUGGAAUGCCUGAGCAUUUUGGGCUGGUUGUUGAUUACUCUUCAAAACAACUGGUGCAGUUUGUUAGACGCAUUAUCAGCGAAUACACAGAUAUCAAGAGUAUCGAUACAAAAUGCGACAAGGUGUGCUCUGAUCAAAUUUCGCCAUUGAUAUUUGGGUAUCCUGGGGCCUAUGUCUUGGAAUCUGUCAUAGAAAAUAGCAAUCCUUAUAUCCACACGGACCAAGAUUUAAUAGAUAACAUAGAUGUCAAUCAUAUGGUACAGCAUGCAAAGCUUGUUACAGCAUUUGUGUCCGAGCUCUCUGUAUGGAUCCCUAAAUAUUUGAAUGAAAGCAUGCAAAGCGACCAGGAUUUGUUCCAAUUUAGUUUGUAUGACUUUUUCGUAUUAUUUGCAACAUCAAGCACCAGGCGCACUAUAUGGUGCGUAAUUCUUGUUGCCGUGGCAAUAUCUAUGAGUGUUACACUUAUAGGCGACAUUUUUAGUGGAGAAAAUUCCGAAACCGUUGAUCCCGAUGAGGUAAUCCCACUCCGGGUAUCCCAAAACGAUAACAGCAACAGGAAAAUAAAAUAG